AUGGAUAGUAUAAUAGGACUAGCAAACCUUACGACCGGAUACAAUAAUGAACAAAACGGUUAUGUUAACAACACUAAGUAUGAAGAUCCCGUUGUUACAAUAUGCCGUGAGCUUUUGAGCAAAGAAAAGGAGAUGAGUCCUUCGAGAAGGAGUUCAGCAUAUGCUCGUCUCGUUAUUGAGAAGUUGUUCCGAAACAAAGCCGCUGACUUAUGCGCAAUUAUGCCUCCUACUGCUGAUAUGCGAAUAGCUGAACAUCCUUUUCAUCUCGUACAUGAGAUCAUCAACAGCAAGUCAUCCUUCUUCGAGACAAUUCUUGACGCUGAUGAUGGUCUUUCUAACGAACUAUGGAUAGAGAUAUGCCAGCAAGCAGACAUGAGUCCCCAACCAACGCAACAGUCGGCGGAUAGCGUUUUAAUGCAAACUGUAUCAUUUUACGUGACCAGGCUUCUGCCUACGGAAACCACCGCCCCCGUUGUAGGUCGCACCGCUCUUGUUGGCGAAAUAGCCCAUAGAAAGCACACGCCCCUUGAUCUUUUCUUACCUACUUCCCCUCUUCUCAGCUCUGUGAAACUUGAGUCGCAGGAGUUCUUUUCUUCAUCACUGCAUCCUCGGCAUCUGACUAUCUUCUGUAACUUUGUUACGGUACUCUGCUCAACAAAUGAUUUCCCCUCUGCUAACAGACUUAUGAUGUUAAGAUAUUUAUUGAAGCAGUUUCAUGUAUUCUGUUUAUAUGAUAUCGGAGAUCAAGACAUGCUUGCUGUUAAGAGUUCUCUUCACAUCCGCCCACCAUUUUCUGCACAUUUAUAUACAUUUCUCCACACUUUUCUUGAGCAGUGCCCAACAAUGACCAUAUUCAAGGAUCUAGUUCAGUGCUGGACUACAUUUUGCCGACCAUGGCGUUACGUGGAUCCAUCGGUCCCCCCAUCCGACAUAUUAUCCAGUAAAGCAUCCUGGAUGCCUUUUGUUCGAAAUCACGAGAAGUUCUAUCGUAUAUUACUUGGUAAAAUUCUGCGACGAGUUGCGAUGUUUGACUUGACAAUCGACAGUGCCAGAGUGAUAAGAGUUGCUGUUGAGUGUUCUUGGAAAGAACCCAUGGUAACCUUGCUCAGAGAGCUUGGCGUGAAUCCUCGACCACACACUCGACAGCUUCUGGAAGGCGUAACUGCUAACCUACGAAUCAUAAAGUCUUCUGUAGCCACUGCCCGCCAAGAGCGAAAGCAGUCGUUUUGGGACACCUUAUUAGGAAACCCCGAGUCACCUUCUAUCCUUGACAAGUGUGAUGUUAUCAGUAACGUGGAAGUGUUACUUACUGACGCAGACGCAAACAUGGGAACUCAUUUUGUUGCUCAAACAGCGACUGUAUCGGAUCCCAGUCAUAGCAGCUCUGUAUCCAGUAUUUCCCAUACUCCGGUGUUAUCAGAAACCCCCAAGAGAGCUCCAAGACAACCCCCCGAUCAUGUAAAAGACCCUGUCACAGGUCUUAUGUAUCUCACUGAACUUGGGCGGCGACAAGUAUGGAACGGUGAAAGGCGCUUUGACUUCUCCUCUUGCUCUCAGUUUAUACCACAUUGGAAAUCAAUGCCGAGACCUUAUGAAUUUCCACCAUUAGUCCUUCUACUAGCAAAAAUUAACGAGUUCCUUAAUAGGACAGCUGUCGUAAAAGCAAUAGCUGGGGAGUAUUCGAAGGAUUCUGUCCUUGGAGCAAUCGCUCGAACCGUGAUGGAUCCGCCUUGUCCGAACCCGUCAAGUCCCAUCUCAUCUCCUGUCUUUUCCAAAACUCUUAAAGUAACACCUCCUGUUCUUCGAAUUCGGGUCCUUGCUAACUACGGUGUUCUUCUCGGCAUCUUUAUCAUAUUCUUAUUCGCUCGCUAUGGAAUUUGGGCUUUGAUCCCUGUGUUGUUGGUAUCACUUAUAUGCGCAAUAUUUUGUCUUGCAGCUGAAGAUCUCUGA